GACCAGGCAUUGAAAGCCACACAAAACGGCAGCUCUGUAAGGUGCAGAAGACUGGCUUUAGUUUAGAUUUCGGAUUAAAAUCAGACUUAAGCGUUAACCUAGUUUUAUUUCUAUUUUCUUUUUGUUGUGAAAGUAGCUGAUCAUUUGAUAAAUAUGAGUUUUGAGAUUUUGUCGUUUGAGGCUUUGGUGCAUGCUGUGUCCGGAGCAAUGGGGAGUGUCACAGCCAUGACCGUAUUCUUCCCUCUGGAUACUGCCAGACUGAGGCUUCAAGUGGACGAGAAGAGGAGGGCCUCAUCAACUCCAGCCAUUCUAGCUGAAAUCAUCAAGGAGGAAGGCUUGCUGGCUCCAUACAGGGGUUGGUUCCCUGUCAUUUGCAGCCUCUGCUGCUCCAAUUUUGUCUACUUCUACUGCUUUCACAGCCUGAAGGCGAGCUGGCUGAAGGGACGUCAGUCAGCUCCUCGCACUGACUUGCUGGUUGGGAUAGUUGCAGGUGUUAUAAAUGUACUCGUAACCGCUCCGCUGUGGGUUGUCAACACGCGUCUGAAGCUUCAGGGCUCCAAGUUUCACAACACAGAUAUUCAACCCACUAAUUACCGCGGUAUUUGGGAUGCACUCGGCCAGAUCAGCCGUGAUGAGGGCGUCUGGGCACUGUGGAGCGGCACCUUUCCCUCGCUACUGCUGGUCCUUAACCCCGCCAUCCAGUUCGUGAUUUAUGAAGGUCUGAAGAGGCAACUGAGGAAUGGAGUUACCAGAGAGCUUGCAGCAUUUGAGGUUUUCAUGAUCGGUGCAGUGGCCAAAGCUGUUGCCACCACUGUGACUUACCCACUGCAGACUAUACAGUCCGUUCUCAGGUUUGGUCAGUUCAACAAGUCAACGAGCAAGUCAACGCUGAUGUCCGGUCUCAUGACAAUCAGGUGUCUCCUUGUCAACAGAGUGAGGAAAUUUGGCAUGUUGGGUCUGUUUAAAGGCCUGGAGGCCAAGUUGUUGCAGACGGUGCUGACUGCGGCCCUCAUGUUUCUUCUCUAUGAGAAGAUUGCCAGUUGCACCUUCAGAGUCAUGGGAUUAAGCAGUCACCACAAACACUCUCGAUAGGAAGAUGCCUUGGACUCCGGCUCCUUCACACAGUACUUGUGCACCGAGGCACGAUUGUAACCACCCUGUCAUAGAUCACAUUAUUGGAAGUUACGAUGACCAAAAA